AUGACGACAGUGGCAGAGGAGCAAGCGGAUUGGGGCACAAUCCUUUCAUCCUUUGACUUCUUUGAUGAUGGAGAGAAGCUUUCCUACGCCAAGAAAUUCAAUGACGAGGGCUACGACGUGGAAAUGAUGAAGUUGAUGUCGUUCAAGGAUUUUGUCGAGCAGUUCCACAUGCCCAUGAAGAAAGCUUUGAAGCUGGCCGUGUUCCUCAAGAAACGAGACCGUGUGGAGGAGUCUCCUCCAAGUGCAGCUGCUGUCUCGGCGUCCUCGUCGUCCUCGUCGUCCUCGUCGCCCGCGUCGUCCGCGUCGUCCGCGGAAAAGGCGCUCUCAGAUCUUGGCAUUGACAACACGGCUCGCGAGGCUGCUCGUCAAGCCGUCGAAAUGUUUCAACAGCAGCAACAACAACAACAGGCACGUCCACCCGCAAAGGAUUUCGGAAUGACUCUCAAGGGGAAACGGCCCAAGGAUUCGCCAUUCAACGUCAUCUCAACAUCAACAUGGACCAUGAUGAAAGAACCGCGUCCCUGCGAUACGACAACAAGCAAGCAUACAGAAGCGGCGUUCCUGCAAACAUCGCUCAGCCUGAUUGUCCUCGUGAAGCUGCUUUGGAGGCCAUAA